AAAAAAAAAAAAAAAAAAAAAAAACUUUUAUUUCAUCAUCGGAGUCUCUUGUAAAUUCACCUUUUUUUUUUCUUUUCUUUCCAAAUUCUCAGAAACGAAACGAACUAAUUAUUUUCUAUGGAUCACAAACUGGAACAAGCGAAGAUUUUGCUCAGCGUAUUGGAAAAGAAUGCAAAAAACGGUUCAACAUUCAACCUAUAGUAGCAGAUUUGGAAACUUAUGAUCUUCGUUAUUUGGAUGUAUUGGAUAAAGAAACUAUUGUAGUAUUUAUAGUUUCUACUUAUGGAGAAGGUGAACCUACUGAUAGUGCCAUUGACUUUUGGGAACUUCUUCACAAGGAUGUACCUGUGUUUUCUAAAGAUACUGCUGAAAGUCAACCUUUAUCAAGUCUACGUUAUUUUAUGUUUGGUCUUGGCAACCGGACUUAUGAACACUUUAAUGGCGCAGCUAUUGGUAUGGAUAAACAACUGACACAAUUGGGUGCAACUCGACUUGGCGAACUUGGUGCAGGUGAUGAUGACAAUUCUAUGGAAGAUGACUUUAUACAUUGGCAAGAAGGUUUUUGGCCUCUAUUGACAGAAGCUUUGGGAACUACAACAACAACAGCAACAACAACGGGUCAACAAGAACUUGCUUAUAACGUAAUAGAAAAGAAUACGGAAGAAUCAUUUGUUUUUUUGGGUGAACUUGGUGAUACUCAGCAAAUAACAACUUAUAAUGCUAAGCGACCUUAUCCUGCUCCUUUGGAACUUUAUGACUUGACUCCAACUUCAUCUGAACAACGUCAUUGCCUUCAUUUGGAUAUCGAUUUGACAGGUAGCAAUAUGUCCUAUACAACCGGUGAUCAUCUUGGUAUCUGGCCUACAAACAAUGAAACAGAAGUAUCUUUGAUAGCUUAUCUUUUUGGAUGGGACGAUAUGCGAAUGGAUCAAGUGAUUUCUGUUAUGCCUACUGAUCCUAUGGGUAAAGCACCUUUUCCUCAACCUACAACAUUACGUGCUGCUCUUCGACACUACUUGGAUAUUGCUCAAAUUCCCUCUCGAUCUACUCUGGAACUCUUGAUUCCUUACUGUACGGAUGACAAGGUCAAAUCAUUCUUUCAAAAUUUGAUUGACAACAAGGAUGAAUAUCGAACGGUGGUUGUGGAUGGUGUAUAUAAUUUGGGUCAACUUGUUUCAUUAGCUAGCGAAAAUACCCAAGGCGUUUUGAAGAAUGUGCCUCUUCCUGUGGUAUUGGAAUGUUAUUCUCGAUUACAACCUCGUUAUUACUCCAUCUCAUCCUCUUCCAGCGAAUCAGCCACGACAGUCAGUGCCACAGCCGUUACUUUACAAUAUCAUCCAACUCCUGAACGAACAGUCUAUGGCGUCAAUACCAAUUAUUUAUGGGCGCUUCAUCAAGUGGUUGUUAACAACACAUCACCCAUGCCUAAGUAUAUCGUGGAUGGACCUCGACAACAAUAUUUAGAUGAACAAGAUGGAAAAAUGAAAGCCAAGAUUCCUGUACAUAUCCGACAAUCAAACUUCCGUUUACCUUCUCUUUCAAAUACGCCAGUGAUCAUGGUGGGACCUGGUACAGGUGUUGCUCCCUUCCGUGGAUUUGUUCGAGAACGUGUGUAUCAAAAGCAAGUCAAAGGAGAACAAGUAGGUACAACCAUCCUUUUCUUUGGUUGUCGUCGAUCGGAUGAAGAUUAUCUUUAUCGUGAUGAAUGGCCUGAAUUGUUUGGUGCACUUGGUGGUUCUUCAAGAAUGAUCACAGCCUUUUCUAGGGAACCUAAUCAGAAAAAGGUAUACGUACAACAUCGUUUAGCUGAACAUGGUGAAGAAAUGUGGAAUCUUUUAAAUCAAGGUGCCUAUUUUUAUGUUUGUGGUGAUGCAAAAUACAUGGCUAAGGAUGUCCAACAAGCAGUCAUUGAUAUGUCAAAGCAAUUUGGUGGUUAUUCUGAUGAAAAGGGUGUUUCUUUUGUACAGCAAUUACGGAAAUCUGGACGUUAUGUUGAAGAUGUUUGGGCAUAGAUUUUAAACAUACAUAGACUUUGGUAGAUUUUUUUUUUAUAUAUACCUCUAUUCUUUUUUUUUUUUUAAUAUUUUUUAUUAUUAUUAUUAUUUUA